CACAGAACCAACAAUCCAACAUUCACAGUGCCGCUCGGUACUUGCUGCUCUUGCGGCACAGUCCAUGAGUGGCUAUUUUGAGCCUCAUUUCUUCCGUAAGUCACACAAGAAUCUCACUUUCAUCUCCAUCGAUUGUCCCAGAACCGAUGAACCCUCAGUUACAGUCACCAUCUUCUCUGCUGCCAACGGCGUAAGGGCCAUGAACAUUCCACGCCGACCAGUGCCUACGACUCCCAGGGCUGGGAGCGACCGACGGACCGCCUUUCCCUCGAAUGGCACGACAAUCUUGACCGAGUUCGAGGAACCUGAGAAUGAGCCCUUCAUCCACUCUCACGAUGCGGAAAGUCGCAAUUUGGAUCCCGCAAACCUCGAACAUGUGACCGAAUCAAAUCUGAAGCCGCAUGGUAGAAUCAGUAUUCGCACUCCAACAAGCUACCAGAGCCUCUCGCUGCCAUCCAUCAAAGACUAUCCUCUCAGCGACCAUUACAGUUGGCGACCAACUACCUUGGGAGGGAUCUACCUUUUCUUACUUGGCUUCAUCUCGACAGCUCUCGCCAUAGUCGUUAUCCUUUUGACCUGGUUAUCCUGGUCGCGCAGCGGACUAGGUGACGACAACGGCACUUCCAUACUUCUUUUUGGCUGGAGGUUCACACCAACACUUGUGGCUGUCCUCAUUGUCAUCUUAGAGUCUCUCUUGAUCGAAGAUGUGCGCCGUACGGAGGUAUUUUCCAGGUUGUCGAGUCCUUCUCCGGAAAAUGCAGCAACUACUGUGUUAUUAGGCUCUCGUUCCUGGUGGCAUGAUCCGAUGGAUGCCUUGAGCCGCAGGAAAAACGGCGGUCGCUGGAGUCAGACAUUGUUCUAUGCAGCCUUCAUGAACAUCAUUGGGUCCUUUGUUCUGUCUCCACUGUCAGCAGCGUUUUUCUCGUCCGAACUGACCCUUAUGUCACAAAGCAUCGAGUUCGCGACCUUCAAAUCGAUACAAAAUUCUACUUUCAGUAUCAGCCCAGAUGAUGAGACAUACUUUAGAAGUGUGUCAGCAUUGGUCUUGAAUCUGAGUACCUCGGUCUGGCUGACAGACAACUAUGCCAUCACUCCGUUUUGGCCGACGACGUUGAACGAAGUGCCGCUAGGAGCUACAGUGCCUGAAGCAUCUCAGAACUGGACUGCAGAAGUGCCAGUUCUCCAAGCUCAACUGAGUUGCAUGCCAAUGACGCUCUCCAACCUAGGUCUAACGUCCUUCCAGCUCUCAUCCUCCGACGGUUGCCAGGUCGGAAUUGAAGUGGCUGUCGGGCCACCACCAGUUUCGAGCGCACUUGAAAGUGCUCCUGAUAACGAAGAGGAGGUAGCAACCUAUUAUCCAAUUAUGGAAGAAGGUGCUUGGUGGGUCAAUACCGGCAUAUCGACGUCAAACUUCUCUACGAUCACAGAAUCAAUCACAAAUAAUCAAACAUCUUUGGUCAAUGUAACACAAAACUGCCAAGGCCGUUAUAUUCUAGAUAUCAACACGCCUUUUAAUGCCACCUUCAGCAACGAAUUCAACGAUACAGGAAUUGUCAGUAACACAUCAACGUUCCAACUCCGGAGCUAUCUAUGUAGCACAAGUUAUGUCUCAGCAGAUCUCAACGUCGAUCUUUCCAUCUCGGCUCCCAAUACUUCAGUUGCCUUUAGUGAGGAAAUGUUCAACAAAAGCACGAACGCCAUUCCUUCGACGAAUUUUGAUUCUGGGAUGUUCAACGACGCUUUCUUCAACAAUUAUUGGAUGAACAAGCUCAAUGUCAGUCAAGAAGGGGGAUCUUAUGUGGGACCUGCGCUCCCACUCGCUGCUAAGUAUGGCUACAAUGUGACAGCUAUGCUUGCCGACCCUGAUCUCAUCUCAACCGCACAACAGGUACUGCAGCGUUUCUUUGGGGAAUCAGUGCUUGCUGCCUUUGGUGAAGCCACGCCUUUGAUCUCACCUCCCCUAGCAGGGUCCAUGACAAUCCAAAAGCAAAGGAUUGUGGCAAGUUCCGGGAUUGGUAUCACUUUGGCCAGCAUACUCUUCCUGACCACAGUCAUGACUUUUCUGGUCUUCUUCCAUUCAAGAGCUUCACGCCGGAAUUUGAACUUAGAUCGAGAUCCUGCACCAGCAGUAGCAAUAGCCUCAUUACUGAAAUCCGAGAAAACGUCCUCUCUGUUCCAAGGUCUUGACGUGUUGCCUGACCCACUGAUCAAGAAAAGGCUAGAGACUUUGACCUUUGCUUUAGAUCGAGGGGGCCUAAUCAUUCAGAAUGAGAACCUCGAGAAAAUUGCUUCGAAGAAAGAUCCACCACCACCCACUAAGACCUACUCAAAGGAUUGGCGUCCAUUUGUCCUCCAAGGCUGGGGCGGCUUGGCACUUCUUCUGGUACUGGCAUUUCUGAUCACAGCCAUCAGUGUUCUCUUCGCCAAGUCUUGGAGCCCUGGACUAUAUGAAGCAGGUCUAGUAUACUCACACGAAGUAAGGUUCAAGAACAACUAUGUUGCUUCUUUGGCUCCAUAUUCCGUUGUUCCCACUCUUGUUGCUAUCUGCAUCAAAUCUUGGUGGAAAGCGCUCGAAAGUGUCUUUAAGCGCGUGCAACCGUAUGUGAGCAUGGCAAAGCACCCCGUUACCAUGUCCACGGGAGCGACAUUGUCCUACAACACCCUUCCACCUGUUUGGUCAGUAUGGAAAGCGGCACGCAAUCGACAUUGGCUACUCGCUUUGGUGUGUGUGGGUGCCGCACUCUUAGAUAUAUGUCUCACAGUAACUAUGUCUGCAUUGUGGGAGCGAAAUAUUGGUAGUCGACGAAGCAGUGUUCAGCUCACUCGAACAUUGAUGCUGCGCGAUGUCCCUGAACUAUUCAAUGUCCCCGUUCCCGCAGAUCCCGAUUCUGGAGACACUGAAACUGCGACGAUAUUGUCACAAUUAUAUGGAGACAGCCAGCAGUAUCUUAGUUGGAUGUAUGGGGCGGUGAAUCAGCUGUCUUAUGCGGGAGCAAAUCUAGCCUGGACAGAGUCAGAUUGGAGCUUCUCGCCUAUAAACAUUACCGCAGCGACGACAUUUGUAAUUUGUUUAGCUAUUCUCGCUUGCUUAGCAGUAAUUACAGUGAUCAUCUUUUUGGUCGAUCAUGAUUACUUCAGAAGGUUGCCCAGGGAUGUCGAUUCACUGGCCUCGGUUCUGGCGUUGGUAUACGACAGUCCGAAAUUACGGGAACUCUUGGAGCAGAAUCAGUUAUUAGGAGGCCCCAAGAAAGCCGCGUCUGGAUACACAGAUCUCAAUAAUGAGGAUACGAAAGCUUUUAUAGGACACUUCACAGGAAGUCAUGGGGAUAUUCGGUGGGGAAUUGAAGUUAUAGACUCGGAAAAUGGGGAUAAGAAGACCAGGCACAACUCUGAUGAUGGUUAUGAAAUGGAAGGGUUGAGAAGAAGGAAAAGAUAA